AUGAAGAGACCACAUAGCAGUUUGAGCGGCGAGAUGCAUCUACGCAACGGCGAACAUGUAUCACACUUCAGUGGUGCUCAAGAUGAGCAUAUCGCAAAGAAGGUGCAGAACAAUGGCGCCUCCAAAACCCACGAGCAGGUCUCAACCAAGAACGGCAACCAUGUAGCCGUGAACACGAACGGCCACAGCUCCAAGGUGAACGAGGUUCGAGCACGAGUCCCGAGUGACCUUGCUCCGGACGCUGUGUUGGACACCAUCCUGGCUGCCUGGACGAUACUCAUGCACAGAUACCAAAGAGAUGUUUUCCAUCAGUUUACUUGGGGUGUGGUCAACGCCAAUGGCCGAACGACACAAUGCGUCAACACAACCGAGCUCAACUUGACAAAUCAAAGGACCGCCGCAAGUUUGAAAGCACAAAUAAGCAAUGUGCGAUCGAAGGACUAUGAUGCACACAACGUCACCCUCUUUCUCAAUGAUGGUUCAACACAUGAGUGGACUUUCGAGGUAUCGCUCGAUAGGGAAGGAGAUUCACUCCACCUCACCUCAAGAUGGCAGACAAACACCAUGUCUCGUCAUCAAGCCGUAUCACAACUUCAUUUCUUUGUUUCGAUCCUUGAUACCCUUUUUAGCGACCCUGAGUCCCUGCUAUCCUCAUUCAUGAAUGUUUCUGAAGAAGAGCUCGAUGAACUUUGGAGCUGGAAUAGCCCUCUGCAGCCAGAGUUGAGAUUCUGCAUGCAUGAAAAGGUCUCCGAGCAAGCUGCGCUGCAUCCAGAGAAGAUCGCCAUAGAUGCAUGGGACGGCACUCUGACAUAUCGUCAAGUGGAGGACUACUCUACCAAUCUGGCCCAAACUCUACAAUUGUUGGACGAUUCACCGAAUCAAAUUAUUCCUGUACUUUUCGAGAAGUCACGAUGGACUUCAGUUGCGGUGCUGGCGAUCAUGAAGGCUGGCGCAUGCUUUGCGUUGCUUGACCCAGCACAACCUGAAGGCCGACUACGAGCAGUAGUGCAACAAGUCAACGCCAAGCUCUUCGUUUCUUCCAAAUCUCAAUCUAAGCUAGCUGCACGUGUCGCUCCUGCGGCGACAAUCAUCCCAAUCUCGGCCUCCAAGUUCGACAAAGUGUACUCUCCAUGCGCUGCGCAGCAACCUAAGACAACUCUCCCACCAGUAUCACCGGAUCAGCCCUUGUACAUCCAAUUUACCAGCGGCAGUACCGGUCUUCCGAAGGGGUGCAUCCUCACGCACAGUCAGUAUACGUCUGGUGCGAUACCGCGAGCCGAUGCCGUAGGCUAUCGAUCGCAUUCUCGCGUGCUGGACUUUGCGAGUUACGCCUUCGAUCAUCUUCCUGCAGACACUCAACUUGCCGUCGAAGUCAUCAAACCUAGUGGGGGCGGUGAGCAGACACUGGUCGCUUUCCUCGUUGAGCAGAAGAAGAACGGCAUGCGGCACCUGGAUGGAAAUGCCUUUGGCAGUUUCACUACCAAGUUCCAAUCAGCUCUCAAAGAGAUGACCAAACAGCUUGCUAUCGACCUUCCCGGCUACAUGGUACCCAGCGCUUACAUACCGCUUUGGAAGAUGCCAUUACUCGUGUCUUGCAAAACCGACCGGAAGCGGCUUCGCGAGAUUGGUACGUCGGUUACACGUCAAGAUCUCAGACGCUUCAACUCAGUCAUCUCCGAGAAGAAAGAACCCACAACCGAGACGGAGCUCAAGCUGCAAUCGCUAUGGGCGAAGCUUCUUGGUGGAGAUGCAGAUUUUAGUGCCAACGACAACUUCUUCAGCAUGGGUGGAGACUCACUCAGGGCGAUGAGGCUGGUCGCCGCUGCAAGGGAGGCUGAGCUCGUGUUGAACGUUCCCGAUAUUAUGCUGAACCCAACACUUUCAGCUAUGGCUGCAAAGGCAAAGCCAUUGUCGGAAGAAGCGACGAACGACGUCCCUGCUUUCUCUUUGAUUGAGAAGAGUUGGGAUGUGAAGUCGGCCAAGACUGAGACUGCUAAACUUUGUGGUGUCGAUGUUGAGGAAGUCGAAGACGUGUAUCCUUGUACGCCGCUUCAAGAAGGCCUUAUGGCCCUCUCGGCCAAGUUCCAGGACGCGUAUGUCGCUCAGCGAAUUGCGACAUUACCAUCGGCGACCGCUCAGCGUUUGAAGGAAGCCUUUGAUACCGCCGUACAAGGUUCGCCAAUUCUGCGCACAAGAAUUGUCAAUGUUUCUGGUCGCGGCUUAUUCCAAGUUGUCCUUAAGGACGGGCAACUAGUGCGCGAACAUGGCGCUGACCCUGCAGAAUAUCUUAGACGCGAUCGUGAAGAACCUAUGGAUCUAGGAACCGCCCUUUUCCGCUAUGGCUUAGUUCGUGAAGCUGGCAGCGACAAGACUCACUUUGUCAUCACAAUGCAUCAUGCUGUUUACGAUGGAUGGUCGAUGCCGCUAGUAUUUGACCGCAUCAAUCGUGCUUUCAAUGGCCUUAAAACUGAAAGAUCUGUUUUCUUCAAGAACUUUAUCAAGCACCUCACUAGCCUGGAUCCAGCAGAAGCUCAAGAUUACUGGAGAGAGCGACUGAACGGUACCAGCCCACAUCAAUUCCCUCCUCUACCGCAGAAGGGAUACAUCACCCAAGCCGAUUCAUUGUUGGAACACUACGUUACUGUCCCAACAACAGCGCACAACAAACUCACUCUGGCGACUAUCAUCCGCGGCGCCUGGGCGCUGGUAUGCUCAUUGUACAUGGGGCAUCCAGAUGUCGUCUUCGGUGAGACAUUAACGGGUCGUUCCGCACCUGUGAACGGAAUUGAGGAAAUUGAAGGGCCCAUGAUCACGACCGUGCCCAUUCGCGUUCGAUUGAGUCUUGACCGACCAAUUUCCGAAUAUUUGCAAGCCGUUCAUGCGCAGACUGUGAGGCAGAUUCCGCACGAGCACCUGGGAUUGCAGAAUAUCCGCCGGUUGAGCAAGGGUGCCCGUGUGGCAUGCGACCUGCGCACAGGUCUUGUUUUACAUCCCAGAGAGGACGACGUCGGCGAAGUCGAUAUGGACGCCGUACCAGCUAAUACUUUCCUCCCUGCCGAUGAUGCGGAAGCUGCACGCGAAGCACUCAAGUUCAACACUUACGCUCUGAUGCUCGUCUGCACACUAGAUGAUAACGGCUUCUUGAUCAUGGCAAGCUUCGAUUCGAAGUGCAUCAGCAAGGACGCUAUGGAGAGGGUGCUCGUCGUGAUGAACCGUAUCGUCACGGCGUUCUUGGGUAACCCUGAAAGCAAGCUGGGUGAUGUCGCUGUACUUGAUCCUGCCGAAACACAAGAUGCGGAGGCGAUGAGACCACGGGAUGUCAUGACUGACAGUGGUAUUGGCACGUCGCCGGUCGAUAGCCCGAAGCUGGAGGCGGCAAUGAAGGCGUUGUCGCCAAACGAAGAGAAGCUGCGUAGUAUCCUCGGCCGCAUCUUGGGUAUGCCUGAGACGGAGAUCAAUCCUAGCGACAGUUUCUUUGAAUUAGGUGGUGACUCAAUUGGCGCUAUGCGACUCGUCUCCGACGCGCGCGCCCAAGGCCUGACCCUUACUGUGACUCAAGUCUUCCAGAGCCAAUCUUUGGCUGAGCUGGCAGCUUCGAUCGGAAAUGAGAAGGAGGACAAGUUGUUGGAUAUCCUGGGUCGCAUUCUUGGUAUGCCCAAGAGCGAGAUCAACGGCGGCGACAGCUUCUUCGAGCUAGGAGGCGAUUCCAUCGGAGCCAUGCGCCUCGUCUCUGAUGCACGCGCUCAAGGCCUUGAAAUCACUGUCGCACAAGUCUUCCAAAACCAAUCGCUUUCAGAACUUGCUUCGUCAGCUAAAGAGACAAGUUCGUCACAGACUCAGGCCAAAUCCAACACACCUUACGCCGCACUUGGCAAGGAAGCGUCACUUUACAGUCCCGACCGCAUCGGCGCGUAUCUCCAGGACCAAAGUUGGGAGAUUGCGGACAUCUAUCCGACAAGGCCACUUCAGCAACUUGCUGUUGAGGGUACCGUCGACCUGCCACGUUAUUCACUCCGUUACGAACUCAUCAAGUUCGCCACUCCUGUCGACCGCCAGAAGCUGGAGCAAUCUUGCCAAGAGCUUGUGGCACGCAACGAAGUCUUACGCACUGUGUUCGUAAAAGACGAAAGCAAGGUACUUGGUGUGGUCCUGUCAUCUCUACAAGUUCCCUACACCGAAAUCGCAGUACCGGAUAGCGAGGACAUCAAUGCCUUCGCCCAAGCAAACAUAAAGAAAGACAUCGAAGCGCCAAAGCCACAUGGCUCGUCGUUCGUAUCGUUUAUGCUCUUCAGUAACGCCAAGUCCGGCGCUUCGACGCUCGUCUUCCGCAUCUCUCACGCCCAAUACGAUGAGAUCUGCCUACCCAUUCUGUACGAACAGCUCUCAGCGCUAUAUGCAGGUACCGAGGUUCCAGAGACCAUGCCAUUCAGCAGACACGUAAACCACGUAGUUCUGGACAACAUGCCAAAAGCCAUUCCAUACUGGCAGAAUCUUCUCUCAGGCUCCCAAAUGUCUAUCAUGAAGCCUGACAUCCCGCUUACACACCGCGGACCAGCAGAUGUUUACAUGGAGUUUGACAUCUCGGCCCGCCCAGCAAACAUCACCAUCGGUUCACUGCCAACAGCCGCAUGGGCACUCGUCCUAUCACGUCGCCUCAGCCUCAAAGACGUAGUCUUCGGUGAAGUAGUUUCAGGCAGGAACAUUGGCGCGCCAAAUGCUGAUCGUAUCUUUGGACCUACGUGGCAGUACAUUCCAUUCCGCGUGCCGUUCAACUCUAGCUGGACAUACCUCGACUUGUUGAACUUUGUUCAGCACCAGCAUAUUACUUCUGCGGCUUAUGAAUCUAUGGGCUUCACAGAGAUAGUGGAGAACUGCACAGAUUGGGAUGCCAAGAAGGUUGGCUGGUUCGAUACAGUUGUUCACCAGGCACCUGCUUGGGUCGAGGAGAUGCCCUUCGGUAAUGGCGUUGAGGCAAAGUUCGAGACGCUGUACCCGCAUGGUGAGCCGCUGAGGGAGUGGAAGUGUCAGGCCUUUGUUAAGGAUGGAGGAAAGAAGUUGGGGAUUGAGAUUGUUACUUUUGCCGAGUGGAUUGAUGUUGCAAAGGGGGUUCUGGAGGAGGUUGGUGAAGCGCUCGGUUGCUUGACGAAGAGCAGGGCGGGAGAGAAGAUUUUUGAGGGUGGAGAUGCGGGUGCUGUGAAUGCCGAGACGGGAGAACAGAGUCUAAUGGACUUUGAAGGUGUAAUGUAA